AUGGAGAUGGUUACAAACGUGAUGGAGUUCGAGAAGAUCGCAAAGGAGAAAUUGCCGAAGAUGGUUUAUGAUUACUAUGCAUCUGGUGCAGAGGAUCAAUGGACUCUUCAGGAGAAUCGAAAUGCCUUCUCCAGGAUUCUAUUUAGGCCUCGAAUUCUGAUCGAUGUAAGCGAGAUUGAUGUGAGCACAAGGGUUCUAGGGUUCAACAUUUCUAUGCCAAUCAUGAUUGCUCCUACUGCAAUGCAGAAAAUGGCUCACCCUGAUGGAGAGCUUGCAACUGCGAGAGCUACUUCUGCAGCCGGAACGAUCAUGACUUUAUCUUCAUGGGGCACUUGUAGUGUUGAGGAAGUUGCUUCCACAGGGCCUGGGGUUCGCUUUUUCCAACUCUAUGUUACCAAGGACAGAAAUGUGGUUAGACAGCUUGUGAAACGAGCCGAAGAAGCUGGAUUCAAAGCGAUUGCUCUUACUGCAGAUACCCCGAGGCUCGGACGCAGAGAAUCCGACAUCAAAAACAGAUUCGCGCUUCCUCGAGGUCUGACCUUGAAGAACUUCGAAGGAUUGGAUCUUGGGAAAAUCGAAAAGACGGAUGACUCAGGGCUAGCUUCAUAUGUUGCUGGUCAAAUUGAUCAGUCACUUAGCUGGAAGGAUAUAAAGUGGCUCCAAUCUAUCACAAGCUUGCCAAUUCUUGUCAAGGGUGUUAUUACAGCUGAGGAUGCAAGAAUCGCUGUUGAAUAUGGAGCUGCAGGGAUUAUAGUCUCUAACCAUGGAGCUCGUCAGCUCGAUUACGUCCCUGCAACUAUAAUGGCCCUUGAAGAGGUGGUUAAAGCCGUGGAGGGUCGGAUUCCGGUGUUUCUUGACGGUGGGGUUCGCCGUGGAACAGAUGUCUUUAAGGCAUUGGCUCUUGGCGCUUCAGGUGUCUUUGUCGGGAGGCCGACGUUGUUCUCGCUUGCAGCAGACGGAGAGGCCGGAGUGAGGAAGAUGCUGCAAAUGCUAAGAGACGAGUUCGAGCUGACAAUGGCACUAAGUGGCUGCCGUUCGCUGAGAGAGAUCAGUAGAAACCACAUCAAGACCGAUUGGGACUUUCCUCAUUACGUCCCGGCCAAGCUAUAG